AUGGCCCCCAAGAUUGCCAUCGUCUUUGUAUGUCCCGCCCACUCACCUCCCCUCACUUUCGACAUUUGGGAGGCCAUGGAACUGGCCGUUUGUCUGCUAGGAGCUUGUCGUCUUGCAUAUCUCCAGCUUGCCAUCGAUUACCAUGUUCUUCCCUUUGCUUCCUGCGGCCUCUGCAAUUAUAUUCCAUUGACUGAUCUAAAACUUUCGAUUCAACAGUACUCCAUGUACGGCCAUAUUCGGCAGCUUGCCGAGGCCGAGAAGAAAGGCAUUGAGAAGGCUGGCGGCACAGUCGAUCUGUACCAGAUUUCCGAAACGCUCUCCGAUGACGUCUUGAGCAAGAUGCAUGCCCCCCCGAAGCCAACCGACAUUCCGGUUCUUCAGGAUCCCACUACCUUAACGGAAUAUGAUGCCUUCCUUUUCGGCAUUCCUACCCGAUAUGGCAACUUUCCUGCCCAGUGGAAGGCCUUCUGGGACAAAACUGGCAGCAUCUGGGCUUCUGGCGGCUUCUUUCGCAAGUACGCGGGCGUCUUUGUGUCUACUGGUACCCCUGGAGGCGGCCAAGAAUCAACGGCACUUGCAGCAAUGUCCACUCUCACGCACCACGGCAUCAUUUUUGUGCCUCUCGGGUAUGCGAAGACUUUUGCCCAGCUAACAAAUCUCUCCGAGGUCAGAGGCGGUAGUCCUUGGGGUGCCGGUACAUUUGCUGGGGCAGAUGGAUCACGCCAGCCGUCUGCUCUCGAGCUUGAGCUAGCUACUAUUCAGGGCCAAACCUUCUACGAGACUGUCGCUAAAGCCUUUGGAUGA